UCGCUGUUUGGACAUGUGACACCAGAGAUGGCAGCCUGUACCCGAAACAGAGAUGGUGACGACAGCAUCCUGGAGCCUCUGAGUUUCCCGGAGCAGCCGCCUGAUGCUCCCGGUGUCCCCGGUGAGGAGCUGCUGGUCUGUCUCUUCUGUCCCGACUCAGAGAGACAGAAAGACGUCCUCCUCAAACACCUGCUGCUGGAGCACAAGCUGGUCAUCGCAGACGUCAAACUCAUCGCUGACCUCCCAAAGUACUUGGUGUUCUGGAGAGGACGGUUCCUGGAACAGCCCAUCACAGAUUUCUGCAGCGUCAUCAAAACUAACUCCACCGGCCCCAUAGAGAAGCAGGAGGACUACUUCCUGCUGUGUGACGUCCUCCCAGAGGAUCGAGUCCUCAGAGAGAAGCUGCAGCAGAAACGCCUGGAGGAGGUGUUGGAGCAGCAGCAGCAGGAGAGAGAGGACAGAAGCUUCCAGCGCGUCUGCAUGUUCUGCAGCGACGAGUUCUCCGGAAACAGAUCGUCUCUGCUGAACCACAUGGCCAGAGAACACUCGUUCAGCAUCGGUCUGCCCGACAACAUCGUUUACUGCAACCAGUUCCUGGACGCGCUGCAGGGGAAGCUGGACAAUCUGCAGUGUUUGUAUUGUGAGAAAACCUUCAGAGAUAAAACCACGCUGAAGGAUCACAUGAGGAAGAAAGCUCACCGCCGCAUCAACGCCAACAACAGCGAGUACGACCGAUACUACAUCAUCAACUACCUGGAGCUGGGGAAAACGUGGGAGGAGGUUCAGAGCGAAGACGACCGUGAGAUGGUGGACGAUGGAGACGAUGAUUGGUCGGACUGGCAGUCUCAUCCCGUCUCAGCUGUUUGUCUCUUCUGCGAACAUCAGUCAGAAACUAUGGAGCAGAUCUCCACACACAUGAAGGAGGCUCAUGGCUUUGAUCUCCACGAGCUGAGGACGGAGCUCAGUCUGCGUUUCUACGACCAGGUGAAGCUGGUGAAUUUCCUCCGCCGUCAGCUCCAUCAGAGCCGCUGCUACGGCUGCCAGGAAACGUUCAGCUGCAGACAGGAAGUCCUCCGACACCUGAAGGAGGCGGGACAUGUGAUGCAGCUUCCUCACAAGUCCACCUGGAACCAGCCUCAGUAUUACUUCCCCACGUAUGAGAACGACGCCCUCCUCUGCACGCUGUCUGACGGCGAUGAAGACGAGCGUAACGUCAGCGAAGAUGUCCCGGUGAUCUCAGAGGACGUUUCCAACCUUCGAGCUUUGAAACAGAACUCCGUCCUCAAAUCGAUGCUGAAGAGCCGAGGGUCCUGCAGGUAGAAGACUUCCUGUUCCUGGACGACUCUUCCUCCUCCUCAUCCUCUGUAAAGAAACUCUAAUAAUCAAAGCCAUGCUGCUUCCCUGAACACUUCAAAACUCUAUUUUCAGAAGUGAAGUUCAACCUUUUUCCAGCAGGGGGCGUCACACUCAAAUCCCACAAGAGCUUGCAAAGAAUAUACAAUAGUUGAAUAUUUGCUUUGAAUGAUUUGCCCCAGCCUUCUGCUUUCAGACGGAGUUAAUUAUGUGAUCUGAUGUGGCCCACCAUGAAAUUGAGUUGAACCCCCUGCUCUACAGGAUACACACGUCUGUCCACGCCACAGAGGAACAUUCAGACUCUGCUUCUUUUGAUUAUAAAGUUUAUAACUUCAUGUGAAAAUGCUUUGAGAUCAGAAUGCAAUAAAGUAGGUCGCUCUCUCUCAGAAGUGCAAACUCAUCUGGAGUCGAUUUAGACCCUGGAAAUGAGUCAGGGUCGAAACUUAACGUACCUGUUUACAUCAAAACAAGGGAAAUGAUUGAUAACAUAUCAGAUGUUGAUCAGUAAUAACACGGUUAUGAAUAGAAAGGAUCCGUCUCGUGUAAAACUCUCCCAAGAGUUUGUAAGUCACGUUUGGCAGCCUUUCAGUUACGAUCGUUAACAUCAGUGGGCCACAGCAAAUGAUGGUGACUCGCUAAACUAUCUAUUCAUUAUGUCAAUUACAGGGAGUGUGAUUGUUCAAAUAGGAUGUUAGCGAUCUUGCUGUUGAAAGGAGAAUGACAACACUGCAGAUCACCAACACUAUGGUUUAUUUUGUAUUCACAGGCAACGUUGUCGCAGUAAAAGUAAAAAAAUAGCCGAUGACAAAGUCCUCCUGGUGCAGUAAACGGUUCCCUGUUUUACUAUUAUAUCUGAUAUGUCUCUCUUCAUAUUGCUGCUGCAUUAAUGUGUAUGCUGCAUGUUACUGCUGGAGAUGUGUUGACCUCCUUUAUAUCCCGUUGGGUAGUUCAAUCUGCAGCAAUGCAUCAUAUUCUAUAAGAUCAUCAUGUGUAGCUUUGUCUCUGUCCUGUGAGAACCACGUAUCUCUCAAAAGUAAACCUUUCAAGAGUUCCUCAGAAAAACAGCUGUUGUGACGAUGCAUUUUCCAGCUGAUCCAAGAGGCUUUUUAAACACUUCACUUGGCUUAAGAAGGAGAGGCAUUUUCUCAACACAUAAAGGAACACUUCAUCCUUCUUCCCGAGCGCUUCCCGAGCCGCUCCGAUUCCAACGAGAAUUACAACCAGAACGUGACGUCAUAUUUACACAAGACGGAUCCUUUCUAGCCAUAACCUAAUAACACGCUGGAAGAAUGCAUGAACAAUCCUACAUUGACACGUGUGUAUGUAUUAAAGUAUGAUGAGCAAAAUGUC